GGGUCUGCGCUUGGCACUGCACAUUUGGUUGAAAAAGUUCGAGGCGUGUGGCUGUACAUCCGCGUGAAGUGGGCUGAUAAUUGUACUUUCCCAGUGUGAAAAAGCACGAAAUUGGUGAAUUCUGUGACUUUGCUGCGUGCGUGAGUGGUAGAAGGUUGGAUAUCAACGGUGCUGUCUAGUGGAAGUUUGUGUGAAUUUGGUUUUCGAAGCGUAUCGCUUGAAUCAUGAGUGAAAAGCAGGACCCACAAAAUGGCGAUCACCAGAACGGCCGCAACGAUGAUGAUGAGAUUCGCGAACCGGAACAUCUGCGUAAGUUGUUCAUCGGCGGUCUCGACUACCGCACCACGGACGAUACGCUGAAGGCGUACUUCGAGAAAUGGGGCAAGGUGGUGGACGUGGUCGUCAUGAAGGACCCGAAAACGAAGCGUAGCCGCGGGUUCGGGUUCAUCACCUACUCGAAAUCGUACAUGAUUGACGACGCUCAGGCGAGCCGGCCGCACAAGAUCGAUGGCCGCGUGGUCGAGCCGAAGCGGGCCGUUCCGCGACAGGACAUCAACCGUCCGGAGGCCGGCUCGUCGGUGAAGAAGCUGUUCGUCGGCGGUCUGCGCGAUGACUUCGACGAGGAGCAUCUGCGUGAGUACUUCUCCAAGUACGGCAACGUCAUUUCGGCCUGUAUUGUUACAGAUAAGGAUAACGGCAAGAAGCGUGGCUUCGGUUUCGUCGAGUUCGACGAUUACGAUCCGGUGGACAAAAUCAUCUUGCAAAAAAGCCACACCAUCCAGAACAAGCUGCUGGAUGUGAAGAAAGCACUGCCAAAGCAAGAUAUGGACCGGUACAAGAACGACAUGGGUCGUACCGGUGGGGGUGGCGGUGGCGGCGGUGGUGGCGGUGCCUGGGGCAACCAGCGCGGCAGCGGUGGUGGCGGCUGGAACAGCCAGCGCGGUAGUGGUGGUGGUGGUGGUGGCGGCUGGGGUAACCAGCGCGGUGGUGCAGCGAACGAUUGGAACAGCGGUGGGUUCAAUAAUGGUGGCGGUUUCAAUAACGGUGGCUUCAACAAUGGCGGCAACAACUGGAACAACGGCGGCGGCAAUCCGUGGGACAAUGGGUGCGGUUCGCAGGGUCAGGGCGGCUGGGGCAACAACGGUGGCAAUUGGGGCGGCAACAGCGGCGGCGGUGGUGGCGGAUGGGGUGGCAAUGAGUUCGGAAAUAACUACCAGCAAGGAUACAACGCCGGUCCGGUGCGCGCCGGGGGCAAUUUCAACCAGCGAGCGGCACCCUACGGUACCGACGGUAGCUAUUAUGGCACGUACUAGUCGAUAGCUAACCGAUUAACUUGCGUUUCCAGGCAACCAAGGGGCUGGUCGCAGCGGAAGGUACGGCACUAGCCGUAUGCAUUAAAUUUGACGAAGAGAGAGAUAGAGAGAGAAAAAGAAAGAGUGGAUGAUGUCCCGUAAGAUUGAAUAAGUAAGAAUGCCUAUGCUCACCUUGCCUAUCAACUUCAAACUGUCUAUUUCUCGUUGUGCAUAUUCUGAAGCCAAAAUAACUGCUCUUACCACAUAUUUCUUGCGUCUUGCGCCGGGUUCAUAUACACCGCAUCGCGUACACGAACGUAUGUGCGAUAGCGAUCGUUAACGAACUCUCUCCGACAACCACCGUUCGCUCGCUCACCACCGUGUUCUGUCUUCUAACCACGCCAUACACCUAUCUACUGUUGUUGACCGCCCCCACACCCCCUCCACCCUCAGCCGCCGAUCGCACAAGUCGCUAACGCAAUGUGUCCCCAGAUGUAUCUUUGUGCGUCCCAUCAUCUCUUUCCCAUCCACAGCAAAGCCACCACACACAAGCAUGUGCAGCGCGCAGCUCUUCAAAGGUACAAAGCAAAGUUUUAGAAAGAGGCUAGAGCAAAAAAAAAAAAGGUACAUUACAUACUCAGUCAAAGUGAGCAAAACAAAUCCGUACUCAGACAGAGGCACAGUGUGUGCGUGUGUUUGGCAUGGCAGAGUAUGCAUGACAAAAAACAGAGAACAGAUGUGCAUUACCGUAUAAAAGGGUUCGAUGGGAGAGGACAGUCAUUCGAAAAGUGUGGAGGUUCAAUCGAUAGGAGCUUCUUCACCCAAGCCAGCACAUUAACAACAGGAAGGAGAGUGCAGGAGCGCGCGCGUGCACACACAAACACACAGGCGAGAUGAAGGACAGUGACGAGAGAGAUAUAUUGAGUAGUGGAGAAGGUACCCACGCGCAUUCAUUUGCCAGGAUCUCAGCUCCACCUUGCUCUAUAGACUAGUCCGCAUUAACCCAGCAAACAUCAGGCGCGUGCAACCCUUCCCUCGUCAGAGUUUGAGCGGUUUUCUUCAGAUCGACGUACAAAGCAUAUGUCUAAUGUGUAUGAGUGGUUAGAGCUGUCGCAUCCAUCCCAGGAAAGCAGCUGCAUUAUCCGCAGCACCACACAACAGGAAAGCAGUCGACAUAGAGGCACAUUGAGUGUAGCAUAUGACAGUGAUAGAAAGAGAUACAAGAGAACAGCAUUUGAACAAUUUCAUUGCUUGCUUAACGUCAAGUUUUGCCCCGGUGGUGGUCACCAACAUCGUUGCUCUAGUAUGUGUUCCCUUUCCUCCUAUUUCUCGUCUUACCGGGCAGUGGUGGUUUUACAAGAUCGGAUGAGAAUGAGUCGUUAAGAGAAGAAGUAUAUAGACAACAACGCAGGUCUCUCAUUUUAUACGAACACUGCUGUAGAAAGGCGGAAAUAAAAGUCUUAGCGCGUUUUAGCGUUUGACCUUUUUGAGUGUAGCGCUACAACUGACUUGGAUGAAAUAUAUCCCCUGCGAGUAAAAUUGGAGUAAAACAUACAAACACAGGAGAAGAAGAAAUAUACCGAUGAGCAGCAGGAAAACAAAUCUUAAAAACAUACAACACACCAACACAAAAUGGUUCGGUGGUGGUGUGUAAAUCUCUCAACUACCUUCAUUGUUGGUGUACAAGCACAGUAACAGCCCUUGUGUUUGCUAUGAAACGGAUAGCAAGUAUAUUAUAUUUAUUAACUAUAAAUGUAUAGAUGUAUGGAAGUAAAAACUAGACUAGAGUUUAAGACCAGGGAUUGCACGAUGAGCGAAGUUUGAUUUACACUACAAAAGAAUUUAACCAGUUUUAUACAUAGCCAUCCCCACAUAAAUACACAAACUCUGACACACUUUCACAGCUAACAAUCGUACAUCAGCUUCUUGUCGUUAUAAGACACAGAUGGUUGUUUUUCAUUUCGAAUAGGAAACAAAAGAGAAAAAUGCAAUUCGCUCUGAAUUUCAAAGCGAUGGUAAAAAAAAUUAGAACAAUCGAAAACGUUCAGUUAUAAAAAAUAACACAAAAGAUGUAGCGCAAGAGUAGACAAGUAUAAAGUACUAAUUUAGGAAAUGAUGAGAAAGGAAUAAAAGAGAAAUCGUCCAGGAAAACAACAUGACUAGGAAGUUGAGAGAACAGGAACGAAAAUCGUAAAAAUGAUAAAGAGCGUAUAUCGUGAACACUGAACACACAGAGACCACAAGCAGAGUUAUUCAUUCAUAUUUGAUUGUAUAUAGAUUGACGUUUGUCUUUUUCGUAAGGUAUAAAAUGAUUUUUUAAAACAUCAUUUAGUUCUCCAUCGUCGCACUGCUCGCAAUAGAUGAGUUUUAGUACACUAGUUUGGUUCGAUUAAAAUGGUAUGGAUAUAUAGACUAGCGCCGCUCUAAAGCAAAUAAAAAGCAAUAGGAAAAAUUAAUAGGUUUCGGUUGUGUUAUGUAGCAGCAAUUAUCGUUUUCUAACGUAUCAAUAGUAACCCAAUUUCUUACGUCGAGGAAUCACUCUUAUUAGAUUCAUAAUGAUAACAUUUGAGUGAUCCUGAUCAUAUCGAUCUUGGUUCGGUCACAAGGAUCCUCUUCUCGUAAUUGAUUUGAUCACAGUAAUUGAAAUAGAAGACCCAGCAAGAUAGGAAUAAUGCUUUCCGUCGUUAAUUAAUGUAUGAAUUAUUGCAAUACACUCACGUGUACCAAAUUAGGUUUGUUCGAUAGAGAUCCACCACACAACAUAAUAACCUUGCUAAAACCACCUGUGCCCCGUUUAUUUUUUUUUCUGGUACAACGGCAUAUUCACGUGUAUAACCUACCAACCCCCCUAAUAAUUAAAAUAAUUCUCUCUCCGGUGCGAGAGGAGAAAGAGGGAACACACAAAAAAAAAACAAAUACAAAAACGAAACCAAGCUAUAGCUGGAGAAGAUGCUUCUUUUGAGAGUAAGAUCAUGUCGCAGUAAAACAAAAAUAAAUUAGAAAAGAGUAUAGAAUCGUCCGUA